UCGAUCAUAACAUUCGACUGGGCGCUCACAGUCAAAUGUGUUUCUUCACAGUGAAAUGACCAUGGUUUUGACCGGGCGUCAAAGUAAGCCUGCCCUCAAGUAUAAGCAACUGGCGAACCGCAGUAUUUUUCUGGUUGCUGUGCUAGCGCUGAUGUCUUUCUUGUGUAGGUUCGGCAGCGUAAAAUUCUUUGCGCGUUCGCCUCAGAUAUCUGCUUCCGUGCAAGCGCAGAAUUCCAAAAUGGAUCUGUGUCUAAGCUUGCAAAGGACGGAAAAUGUAACGACUGCUCAGUUUCGCAGUGAAAGACAGCUAGUAGAAUUCUUGGAAGGUCCAGGGCUGCUGGAGAAUAAUGGGAAUGCCCUCAUUGCCACCUGCAAGUUCCAAUACAACAACCACUCCCGCCAUUUCCCACACGCCAUGCAGCAGCUGUAUCGAUGCCAUUCCUGGUGGCUAGCCAAUCCCGACAAGCAGCCAUGGCUGGUUUUUAAAAGCCCUCAAAAUGCCUUUGUAGGCGGCUUCUUGACAGCUCUCCGGGAUGUCUUCAACGUUACCAUUGUUCGAUUGCGACACAAUCUAAAAGUGGUUCGUCCAAAAGUCGAGUAUGCUUUUGGAUCGCCAUUUGCUGCCAACUUUGGCUAUGCCAUGCAAUCUCCCCGCGACGCCAUCGUAUUGCGCGAUUCUAUUCUACACCACUACGAUUUGCUCUCGGAUCGUACCGGUGGUUGCCAUCGCAAACCGAGUGUAGUGGGGGCGUCGGUGGAAAAUUUAAUGCGUGAGCCCUCAAUCGGUAUCUUGAAUCGAUCGCAAAGGACCGGCCGUCGCUUCUUUUCUGACUCUUUAUUGCGGGACGCUAUUCGGGAGCGAUUUGGCCUGACGGUCCACAUGAUGACCUUUGACGACAAAAACUUUCUUCAACAAGUCCAAUUCAUGUCCGAGACAGACAUUCUAUUGUCUCCACACGGUGCCCAAUUGACAUCCAUACCCUUCCUACCCCCGUGUGCCCGCAUGAUGGAAUUCUUCCCCGUCGGAUACCUCGUUCCCGAGUUUUUUGGCACUCUUGCGGCGGCCUCGGAUGUAAGCUAUGCCUACCUCUAUACGGGGCAAGACCGCAUCUCCGAAACAGCUACAUGGAUGAAAGAUGCCGAAUCUCGCCAAGCAGCCCGGCUAUUUCCUGUUUGUCCAAAUCUCGAGACAGUCAUGGACAAUCUGGAGGAGCAAAUUGCUGCGUGGCGGACCUGUUGCCGAGGGAAAAACUGA